AUGCCUUCCUCGACCGUCCUCCGCUGGAUCCCCCUCCUACUCCACUAUCCCGUCGUCCCCCAGCGCCUCCCCUUCUCCGACCUCCUCCUCCUCCCCCGCCGCACCCGCCUCCCUACCCUCCUCGCCGCCAAAACCAUCUCCGUCACCACAACUCCCCCGCCAACUUCUCCCUCGACUACACCCCCCUCACCCACUCCGACCUCUUCUUCACCCUCUCCCUCGCCAUCCAUGGCGUCUAGUCCUUCCUCGACUACUCCCUCUUCGGCGACGGCCUCCCGCCCUCGCCCUCUCCCCCCGCCGGCAACUCCAUCGACUCCUUCUGGAACUCAGGGAAAGGGAAAAACGUACCUUUGGGUUGCAGAUUUGCUUCUCUUUCCAGCGAAAAGUGUUCUCAGAACCUUCGACAAUGGUGGAAGAGCCUUCAACAGUUCGGCAACGGCAGAAUGUGGAAAAGCCUUCGACAGCGAACAACAGCGAGUCUUCGACAACAGUGGCGGCAACCUUUAA